GGCGUCGGGCCGGACAACGUUAUAUACCAAACGGCUGCCGUACAGUCCUAUCGGUGCCGUCGCCGCGGAUCACCCGUCUGUUAUUGUAUCAUUGCACUUGGCGAGCAGAGCGUUGGUCCACCAUCGAGUCUGUUGUCGUUCGACAAAUAAAAUUUCGUCUUUGAAUUUCCCAACGACCGAUCGCCGUACGCGACGAGUUAGUUUCGAAUUUUUUUCUCCAAAAUAGUUUGUGUUUUCCCACCUGUCAGAUUUAUUUGCGCUCCCCUUGGCGGUCGGAUAGAUCACUAUAAUAUUAUAAUACGUAUUAUAUAUAUACCAACGUGCACGACCGAACAGUAAACCCACCGUCAACAUGAGACCACCGAUCGAGGAGGAAAUCGAAGCCGCCGAAGUGGAAGUAGACGAUGGCCAGCAGACCGCAGUCAUGUUGGUGUCCACCAGGCUGGCCGGAAACGCGGUUAUCAGAGUGGUGAACCGGUGCAACGAGGCGCAAGAGAGCCAAAACUUGGACUUGUCCGAAUGUCAGCUGAUGCAAAUCCCUGAUGCAAUUUACCUACUUAUGCAAAACACGCAGCUGGUUACGUGCGAUUUGUCAAAUAACGUAAUUUCAAAACUACCAGUAAAAUUUACCGAACGGUUUCCGUCUAUCACAGAGUUAAAUUUGUCUAAUAAUCAAAUCAGUAAACUGCCGGAUCAACUAUCUGGAAUGAAGAAUUUAAAAAAGUUGAACAUUUCUUAUAAUUCAUUUGUUGAGUUGCCGGAGCCAAUUGCUAAUUUACCAGAAUUAACUACUUUAAUCGCUAACAAUAAUUUUAUUAUUGAUGUCAAUGUUAGGAUAUUGGAAUCACGUUUAAAACACUUGAAAGAAGUUGAUCUCAAGGAUAAUCCGCUAAAUACUUCGACGGUGGAUGCGUUGGAACAAGAAUUGCCUUUUAGGAUAAUGUUCACACCCCCAACCGAUGAAGACUGGAGAGAUUUAGACAAUUGAUUAACAAACAAAACAUUUGACAAUACAGAAAUAUAUUUUUUAAUUAGCUAAUAAAAUGUUUUUAUUCAUUUUUA